AUCACCUACAGCAAUCAACAGUUUAAAAAAAUGUCAUCUGUAACGCAUAUUCGCGAAUGUAUUGUCGAUUUUGUAAAGAACCGACGUCUGAUAACACCUAUAAACGCGAGAUUAUUCUCGCCGGUGUGGUGCAGAGAAUUAAGUUUUUUUGGUUUACGCACGUUAACUCUUAGAUUAAAAACUGUAUUUGCCCAUUGCACUCUACGCGUGCUAGCCAGGGGUCACGAGAGAGGGUAUUUUAAAAACGAUCCGUACAUACUCUCGUUAGCCGUAGCGUGUAUUAACAAACGGGGAGUGCGCGAUAACCGUAUCACCAGGGCUAUUAUAGCUGAUCAUGCGUUCCACGAAGGUAUGUAUUUUCCACUUAUCGGUAAUAUUGCUUAAAUAAACUGCUUUUUAAAACUAAAUAAAUUUUACAAGAAUUGACGCGAUUUCACAACGACGACGCACCCGAGGAGGAGGAUCGGUUGGUUUAAAGGUGCCUCAAUCGUGUAGAGGAGGAGAUUUACCCGGAGCCAAGCACCAGCACAACGAUGCUGAUGCAGUACGCUAACGUGCCAGGACCAGCAACAACGCUGAACAGACGAACGGCUGAAGAAGAAGAAGAAGAAGAAGAAGAAGAAGAAGAAACGCAUUACGGCACAUGGGAUGCAUUCAUGGCUAUAACGUCGGACGCCAGCGAAGACGACGACGACGACCAGGAUGAUGUCGACGAUCGCUCCACCGCUUCCAACGAUUCUAACGAGCACAACCCAGCCAACGAUAGUCGAGAGCCUAUUGUACAGGGUGACCUGCUACCACCGCAGGAUCAGGACAAUGCUGAAGAACCGAUACUAUGGGUUCCUAGGAACGGUGUGUACGUAGAGGCGGAUGCCGACGAGGCUGCUAAAGUAUUAGCAGAGCUCGAUGAUGAUGAUGAAAAUCCAAACGACCCGGAUACCUACGAAGAAGGUCGCGUAUAA